AUGUCAAGGGACGCACCAAUCAAAGCAGAAAAGGAUUAUUCUGAAAUUUUAAAGCAAGAGUUUCCUAAAAUUGACUCUCUUGGUGAGAAUGAUUAUUCUGCUGCAUUAGAACAACUCUCUGUAUGGGAGAAGAAAGUUAGACAGGCAGCUGACUUAAUCUCUUCGAAGGAAGUUCUUGGAAAGAUCGUUGAUUUAUUAGCCACUAAGGGGAAAUGGGAUGAAUUAGAUGAACAAUUGACUCUUUUAUCAAAGAAACAUGGUCAAUUAAAAUUAUCCAUUCAACAUAUGGUUCAAAAGAUUAUGGAAUAUUUGAAAUCUGAUACUAAGAUGGAAUUAAAUACUAGAAUUAAGACUAUUGAAACUAUAAGAACUGUUACUGAAAAUAAAAUAUUUGUCGAAGUUGAAAGAGCUAGAGUGACAAAAGAAUUAUGUCAAAUAAAAGUGGAUCAAAAGAAAUUAAAGGAAGCAUGUGAAAUUUUAUGUGAAUUACAAGUUGAAACUUAUGGUUCAAUGGAUAUGUUUGAAAAGAUUGAAUUUAUAUUACAACAAAUGGAAUUGUGUAUAUUAACUAAUGAUUUCUCACAAGCAACUGUUUUAUCAAGAAAAAUAUUAAAGAAAACUUUAAAUAAUCCAAAAUACGAAACUUUGAAAUUAUCAUAUUAUGAAUUAUUAAUUAAAAUUGGACUCCAUAAGAAAGAAUAUUUAGAAAUUGCUCAAUAUUAUCAAGAAGUUUAUAAUACUGAUUCAGUUAAAAAUGAAGAAUCUAAAUGGAAAUAUGCAUUAGCUCAUAUCAUAUAUUUUUUGGUUUUAUCACCAUAUGGUAAUUUACAAAAUGAUUUAGUUCAUAAAAUACAACAUGAUAAUAAUUUAAAAAAAUUAGAAGCACAGGAAUCUUUAAUUCAACUAUUUACUACACAAGAAUUAAUGAGAUGGCCAAUAGUGAAAAAGACAUAUGAACCUGUUUUAAGUGAAGAUGAUGUUGUAUUCACCGAAGAACAUCCUGAUCAUUGGGAAGAAUUACAAAAGAGAGUUAUUGAACAUAACUUAAGAGUCAUAUCAGAAUAUUAUUCUAAGAUUACUCUUGCUAGAUUGAAUGAACUAUUAGAUCUAUCUGAAUCACAAACUGAAACUUACAUCAGUAAUCUUGUUAAUCAAGGUAUCAUAUACGCUAAAGUAAACAGACCCGCUAAGAUUGUUAAUUUUGAAAAACCAAAGGAAUCUAGUGAAUUAUUAAAUGAUUGGUCAAGAAAUAUUGAUGAAUUACUUGAAAAUAUUGAAACUAUUGGUCAUUUAAUAACCAAGGAAGAAAUUAUGCACGGUUUAAAGGCUAAAUAA